AUGGCAGACGGUAUACAGGCUUCGCAGCGGUGGACGAAGAAACUCAUACUAGCUUCAUUCGCUGUUUUCCUUGUCAUCGUUCCCCUAAGCUAUCACCAUGCCAUUCCCAUCCAGCGAUAUCGCGACUACGUAACGGGUGAUACCGUAGUAGAACUAAAAACAAACAACAACCCGCCGCAAACUCAAUAUUUUAAGUUCGAACCAGAAUGGGAUUGGGACGCACCCAACUACGCAAGUAGUCUGAAUGGAUUCAAGCGCGAACCGAAACCCGAAAACGUCAUUGUCUUGACCGCAAGCGAUGGAGGCGGCCACAACAGCGAGAUCCCCAACUUACUAGAGCGGGUGCUAGAGAACCGGGAAGAAUACUGUGCUCGACACGGCUACACCAGCCUCUGGCUAAACGCAAGUCGCUACGAUAUUGGAGAUUUCCACCGGGUACGUCAACUCCCCCAGCGCUCAUCCAAGCCCCUCAAAUGUCUAACAACCGAUGUAGGUAUGGGCCAAAAUCCCCGCCUUAGCAGAAGCCUUCUACCUCUAUCCCAAGCCGAAUGGAUCUGGCUCAUGGAUGCCGACAUGAUCAUCAUGACCCCCUCCAUUCCCCUCAUCUCCAGCAUCCUCAGCCCCUCCGCCAUCGAAAAAGGCAUAAUGUGCAGCACUAUGCUUCUCAACGGGGAAAACCCCCCAACGAACAUCUACACGCCAACCCACUACCGCGUCGAAGAUGCCCACCAGUUUGUCAAUGCGGGAUCCAUGUUUUUCCGGCGCUCAGCGUUCACGCGGUUCUUUCUAGAGAUGAUGACGGAUCGCACGAUGUUGAUGUGGAAGGAACAUGAACUCGCCGAGCAGAAUGCGAUUAAGCAUUUAAUGUUCGAGCAUGAGUUGGUAAGGAAGCAUGUGGGUGUUUUUCCGCAGCGCAGGUUUAAUGCGUAUGCGGAUGGGGAGCCACAGAUGCUGUGGGGUGAAGGGGGUUUGGCGGUGCAUUUUGCGGGGUGUUGGGUUGAUCAUCAUUGUAAGGAGUGGUUUGAGGAGUAUUGGGCGAAGAGAGGGAGAGAUGGAGCAGAAAGGUGAGGAUGGGACGGACUGAGGGGGUAAAUCGGCCUCGACUUGGGAUUUUGAUUGGGAGCAGGGUUGGUAUGUUAUGAGAAGGUAUGAACUGCGUUGAAUCAGAGUGCAUGCGAUACCGUGAUGGAAAUCAUGG